UAAACAAACCGAGCAACUGUAACAUGGCUCAUCAUUUAGACACGACCAGAGUUCCAUUUAGGCCAAUAAGAGGCUGUGACAGGAAAGUAAGCUUAAAAAAAAUAAAUUAAACCCAAGCUGUCUGCGACCCCCCCGCCUGUCAGGGCCUUUUGAAGCUAUCCAUUCCCAUGUAUAAAGAUGUCACUGGUGGAUCUGGGAAAGAGACUGUUAGAAGCCGCUCGCAAAGGCCAAGAUGAUGAAGUGAGAACACUGAUGGCCAACGGUGCUCCAUUCACCACGGACUGGCUAGGAACGUCACCCCUUCAUCUCGCAGCUCAGCAUGGCCAUUAUUCCACCGCGGAAGUUCUGCUCCGAGCAGGGGUGAGCCGGGAUGCUCGGACCAAGGUAGACAGGACACCACUGCACAUGGCAGCUGCCAACGGACACUCACACAUCGUCGAGCUGCUAAUCAGGAAUGGUGCCGAUGUGAACGCAAAGGACAUGCUGAAGAUGACCGCCCUGCACUGGGCGACAGAACACAGCCACCGGGACGUCAUCGAGCUGCUCAUAAAACACGGAGCCGACGUCCACGCCUUCAGCAAGUUCGGUAAAUCUGCUUUCGACAUAGCUUUGGACAAGAACAAUCCAGAAACCCUGUUGGUGCUGCAGGAGGCAAUGCAAAACCAGGUCAAUCCCAACCCGGAGAGAGUGACCCUGGCCCCGGGCUCCAUCACGGUGGGCCAGCCCUUCAUUUUGGCCUCAGGAGAAGUGCUGAAUUUAGCCAGCAUCGUUCCCUCAGCAACCACCAAACCAGCCUCAGGCAACUCCCACGUCUCCCCAGUGCAGUUUCCAAACUCAACCACCUCCGUUCUUGCAACGCUGGCAGCCAUAGCAGAAGCCUCUGGGCCCCUUUCCAGUUCAAACAGGCCUCCAGCUGCCUCAGAGGAAAUAACGGAGGCCAGUUCAGUAGGCGUCCCCCUGCAGCACGUAAUCGGCAGUGGGGGGCAGCGAGUAAUCACGAUUGUGGCCAACGGUGUUCCACUGAGCAGCCUCCAGACGGCCAUCCCUGCCAGGGGCAUCAGCCAACCGUUUAUCGUCACCCUGCAGAACGGGCAGCAAGUUCUCACGGUGCCUGCUGGCCAGGUUGCAGAGGAAACUGUCCUCGAAGAGCAAAUGGAAGAGAACCACGUGGCAGAGGCGGAAGAGCCCCCGGCCAAGAAAAUAAAAACGGAAGAAGUUGAGAAUGAUUUAGAGGAAAGCCAGGACAACAGCGAAAGAGCGAUCUUGCAGCUGCAGCUGCGGGAGGCCAGUCGCAAGGCCUGGGAGUACCGGAGCCAGCUCUUGAAGAAGGAGCAGGAAGCGAAGCAGUACCGGCUGAGGCUAGAAGCACUGGCCACGCAGCAGGCCAACGGGACAGAGGCCGAGGAGGCAGCCGAGGUAAACUCGAUGGACGUGCCCUUGGAAGAGGCGGCUAGUUCUGGGGCAGAAGCAGAGCCGCCGACUGACAUUGCCGUGGAGACAGUAACGUUGUAACCUCCAGGUCAUGUUUUCAAGGGGGGGGAAAGAGUGGAUGAAGCUCGGGGGCUCUUACACGACCCAUAAAAGCUGGACUUCAGUCAGUCGCAUGGGCCGGUGCCCGGGGAAUCCCAACUCCCCUUUUCAUGCCUGUAACUUUGCUUUGCCUUUCGGAAAAGGGCUUCAAAAUGAAAGAAAUCCCACUUUUAUAUAAGCUUGCACCAUGCAGAGAGGUAUUUUUGUAAAUUGACAGCCAGAAAGUGCCCUAACAGCUCUUUUUAAUAGGACGAGGUAGCUUUAUUGGCAGGCCUUGCCCCCGUCCAACAGCCUUCUUUGGAGCGUGGCAGAGAAAAGCUGUUUCUUCUGAACAGCACUCUGGUGCUGUCCUUACCAGGAGCAGGUCUCCUCCUUUGCCUCUUGGCUGUGGAAGACCCACCAAAUGCCUCGCUGCACGUGGGUUGUGGAUGAACCUCAGCCGAGGGUACUGGUAGUUCUUCUUCUGUGUGCACAAGGUAUUGUGUAGGCAGAAACGGGUGCAACAAUGACGCACUCUGGCUAGCCAGCCUGGGCCCAGUUAGCUGCACCCGAAACGUGGGUCAUUGAGGGAUUCGGUGUCCUCAUCCAAGCACUGUUGUGGGUGCUGGUUGUACGCAGCAUCCCUUUACGCCUGCAGGUCUUGGAGUGGAGCUCAGAGAGAGCCCAGGUCUGACUUUUUAAAAAAAAAUUUGGACAGAACCCCCUGAGUUUUGUAGGAACAAUAAAGAAUGCAGAUUUGAGUUUUGCAUUCAUCGCUCUUUUUUUGCACACCUGUUUAAAAGCUUUUUUAAAGGGGUUUUAUGUUGAUGGGAGGGGAAUUCAGGUUCUUUGAUACUGUGGGUGGCCGUUGUGAAUGUAGAGCCGAUGAUGGAGAAGCAAGAGAAGGUGAACUGUCUGGGAGUGCCGCAGGGCAGCCGGACCCCCUCCUGUAUUAAGUCUUUGAGCGUUCUCUUCCCUCCGAAAAGUGGAGGUGGAGGGAGCUGGACCGCUAGUCGGAAGGAGACGGGCCAGUCAAAGUGGGCUGUUGGGGGUGUUUUGCAGAGGUGGUGGGGUCUGUUCCGUCCAGGUCUGCAGGGGAGGGGGUGGGCUCGCCCUUUGGCGGAAGCCGCCCAGAAGCGAAAGCAAGUUGCAGGUUCCAGACAGCCAGAAUCAAACCUGGGCUGCGUUGGGGCUUCUAGAGGAGGGCAGUAUUUGAUCCAGCGUGGCCCCAAAGUUCAGCCGAGCCCCUCGUCUACCCCCCAAAUGCCGGAGCCCUUCCCCUCAACCCAAGGGCAGGGAGUUCAAAGGGACAAUAGUGCGGCUCAGAGCCACUGAACAGCCUCUGCCUUUAAUGGGAUCUCUAAGAGAGCCGAACGCCCUGGGAAACGACGGGCCCGUUCCCGCUACUGCUGCUGCUGAGAUACCAGUGCCAGGUUCUGGGGUGAGGGGUCUUGUUUUCCUCUGUGCAGUUCUGGGGCUGGGGUCCUGAUAGGCGGCCAUCAGUGGUAGCUGCCCUCCGAAGAGACUAAGCCGAGGCAAAAAUGUUUGGGGCCAGACCCUUUGGGCCUCGUGUUUGCCAUAGAAAAGAAGCACCUUGUCCUGGCUGGUUAACCCAUAACUACUCACAGUCAUUCCUGGGGACUAGCAAGGUUGGAGAAAGCCCUGGGCAGAGCCUGGCAGCUGGGCCACCUUCUCAAGAAGUUCUUGGAGUAUUUCCUCUGGGUUCCUAUUCACCACCACCUCCCUGAACAAUUUGAAGAGGUGGCAUCCUUUGUUGAUGGGCUUCUCCUAGCACGUAUUCUUAACAGUUUCACAGCCCGGGGGCAUUGGAGUCGUUAGAGGCCUGCGGUCAUCGAAGUACGGUUCUUUCCUCCACCUCCCCGUGUGGGGAAUGGGAAGGAGAGCCAGCCGUCCCCGGCCACUUUACAUGAUAACACGUUCCGAAGGAGACACUGAAACAAGAGCGAGGGUCUCAGCACGCCUUCACGAGGACCCAAACCCACUUCAGCAGGCACAGCAAGGGCGCCAUCAGUUGCUGCAGCGAGGGGGGAAAGAAUGCCAUCAGUGGAGAGGGAAGCCAGUGAAACACAAGAGGUCUCACUGAUGCAAAGCUGAAAGGUGUUCAAGACGAACCCGGUGACCGUUCACCAACAGCACUGCUUGGCGUCAGCAUAGCACAGCUUACAGGAGUGUGUUAAAUUGACACCUGUUGGGAGCGAGAGACGCUUGUAUUGAGCAAUACAGUCCGACGUCCUUUAUUCAUUGGAGACUGAAUCCAGGAGAAGCUUUCCCUCCUCCCCUUCCUACUGUUAAUUUAACACCGCCUCCUUUGCUUUGCAAGCAAUUAGUGCUGCCGUGAGAUGGUUGCCGUCCUUAGCUUGCGGGCCUUAGAGUUUUACAUGUUACAGGGAGUCCCUGUUUUUUGCAUUUUGCAGCCUCUUGAUCCCCGUAUAUAAUUUUUGCUUUCUCUACCCAUCUGCCUGCCUUCUGAAGAUCCCCUUUCUGCAGCUGAUGAAGUGGGUUCUAGUUCGCGAAAGCUGCUGCCAUGAUAAAAUUAGGGGCGAGGCCUUGAUAGAGCAUCUGGUUUGUACGUAGGCAGUCCCAGUUUCAGGCCUUAGAAACUCCAGCCCCCAAAGGGCCAGGUGAUAUGAAAGACCUCUGCCAGAUACCCUGGCGAGCUGCUGCCCGAUAGAGUAGAUGGUACUGACCUCAGUAGAGUGGCUCAGUAUAAGAGAGAUUUGAGUGUUCAAGACUGGUUAGACUUUAAGGUGCCCUGAGGCUCAGUUUUGUAUUUGAUGUGCAUUCAUACAUGUGUGCACACACACACACCUUUCUGGGAAGGGGUAUAGGUAGCAACUCCUUUUUUCUGUUGUCUUUGGAAAGACACUGGACAGCUUCUGUCCCAUUCUGCUUGCCUGUGUAGGAAAACAGUUACUGCUAAGUUGGUAUGACAGCCCCUCAUCAGAGGUGGUUUGCCAUUGCCUGCCUCUGGGUAAUGCCCCGGGACUUCAUUGGUGGUCUCUAGAGAUGGGCACAAACCGAAAUAUGAACCAAAGUUGGUCAUGAAUCAGGCCGAUCUUUGGUUCACGAACUGGUAGUUCGUCAGAGGGCAUUUCUGAUGACCCGUGACGAUUUUUAGGCCGGUUCGUUUGUUUUGUUUUUUGGUUCGUCACUGUAGACAGCCUGGUGCCAAUCAAUCAGUUUCCUUGGCAACGGGUGGGAGAUGGGCUUUCUACAGACCUGCUGCUGCCCUGGAAGUGAUGUAUUCAUGAACCAAACGAGUUUGCGAACCGGACAAUUUCAAGCUGGUUUGCGGCCCGUGGGUCAUGAAACACGACAGACUGCAACGAAUCGCCUUCAUGCCCAGCUCUAGUCGUCUCCCAUCCAAGUACUAACUAGGGCUGACCCUGCUUAGCUUCUAAGAUCGAACCAGAGCUGGCUAGUCUGGGCUCUCCAAGUCAAGGCUCUCUGCUUCCGGGCUUAGUUAAAUCUUGAGAAACCACUGGAAAGAGGCUUGAGGACUCUUUUAGGAUACAGAACCUGUUGGGGAGGGGAGAGGCCAAGCAACCGAAAAGGUCUGGGGGUGCUGCCUGCUUUAGCAGCUUUCCGCUGCCCCCAUGAGGGGUAGGACCUUUCUUUGUGUUGAUUUUUUUGUCAGUGGAAGCUGACGCUGUUUGCGGAGGCUGCCUUCUGCUGUGAUGGCUCAGAUCCUGGCCUGGGAGGAGAAAAGCGAAACGACCCCUUUGCCAGCGUAACCAGUAGCUGCUGUGGAGUGGCCUGCUUUCUGCAAGGGCCCACUCGUGGUUGAGCGACCAGAUCGGAAGGCCUUACUUCGAGGACUCCCAUUUGCUUGGGGGACUGUAAGCUGCUGUUGGGAUUUCCGCCCUGCCCCCCAAAAGUGUACCUGAAAGGCAACUCCACGCCUCGCUCCCCCUGUGCAGACAAAGUGAAGCUGAUUUUAAAGAGUUCAGGGCCACCACUGUAGUCUGUUCCCCAGGGAAGCCAGUGACAGAAUGGCAGGAUUUGAGUUUUGGUUCAGGAAUCCUACUCCUUUCUGAAGAAGCAGAGGAGUUAGCCAUGUUAGUCUGUAGUAGCAAAAUCAAAAAGAGUCCAGUAGCACCUU